CCUAGCCACUUCAUAAGCUAGCAUUAUACAGUAACCGUAGGUUACAAUAAUUAUUACGGAGUACUACGUAUAAUGCUUCAUAAAUAAGCAUCUUAAAUAACUUAAUAUACUCUAUAGUAAUAGAAUAUAUUAUUAGGAUACUUGUUUCCUUGUAUGUCUCAAACUCUUUCAUAUAUAAAUAUAUCUGUCAGGACUCAUAUUGGAGCACUUUUUUCCCAUUAUUUCACAUGGUAUCAAGAGCCUAAAAGAAAAACCCUAUUUUUUUUCUUUUCUUUCUCUUCACUGUUCCAGUCGCCGCCGCCCGCUGCCAUGACGGACGAACUCCACUCUUCGGCGCCGCAGACCACAACAACACCGCCGUCGCUGCCUCUUUCUACGCAGGACAUCGGUCCGAUCUCUUCUGCCAUGACGUUUGCUUCUCAGCCGAUUUCUCCUCCUUCGACGGGAAUUAUCACCAGGCCGCCGCCUUCACUGGAUCCCGUGGUUUCUGCCCCCUUCUCGCCAUAUGCUGCGGCGCAACCCUACUCUCUCUUCAACUCGCUGCCGCCCCAGUUCCCGUGGCAGUCCGUGCGUCAACCUCCUCCUCCAACCAGUGCUCCUCCACCGCUAACAACACCUCCUGCUUCUCCAUUUUGCGGUCCUUCUUUCGCUGGUUUCCCCAGAAAUAAUUCGGCCACAACAUGACACUAUUUUUGGCUCUCCUAUGGCAGCCAUGGCUCAAGCCGUGUCUCAUGGGAUCGCCAACGUUGGCCAGAUUGUUACAAUCAAACUAAAAGCAGUUGAAGACUAUCUCACAUGGUGCACACAAUUCAAAUCGUUCCUGGUGUCCCAAGGUCUUUUUGGCAUGUUAGACGGCUCUAUCCAGGUACCUCCCUUAUACACUCUGGAUUUUAAUAAUCAUCAGGUCGUUAAUACUGAUUAUUACCAUUGGCUUCGAGUAGAUCAAACAAUUCGUUCCUGGUUGUUUGCUACUUUAUCUCGUGAAGUAUUAACUGAUGUGCAUGAUAUUAAAAAUUCAUUGGGUAUAUGGGAGCGGCUACAAUCCAGAUUUAUGUCUGCCAGUUUACCUAGAGCUAUGGAACUCAAACGUUUAUUGUCUAAUACCCACAAGAAAUCAAAUCAAUCCAUGGAGCACUAUUUACGUGAACUUAAAAAUCUGGCUGAUGCUUUAGCUGCAAUUAAUUCA